GAAGAAUCACGUGAUGCAUCACGUGCACUUGAAUUCAAGUUUUCCUGACUUGCAAGCUGCUGGUUAUCUCAAACUUGUUGUGUGAUGCUGCCCUGCCGACCAUCCCCGUCGAAUUGCACGCCCUUGAAGUUCAUAUUCAAACGCCACAAAUCGCUAGCUGCCUCUAAACACCAUGUCCGCAUGCGUGCCCUCGUCUCGCUAUACCACCAAUGCGACUCCUUCGUAACACCCGAAAACCUCUCCCAGAAAAUAGACGAAGCAUUUGUUCCUCAGACCAAUACCGUCAACUUAACUUCCAACUUCGAAAAGCGCAGUUAUGCAGAGCUGAAGAGAUUGAUCGCAGACAGAGAGGAGGAACCACGCCAUUUCUUCGGAAAGGGUGCCAAGCCGUCUUCCACUGGCUUAAGGGUAGCGCUAUCAUCUUCAAGUGCCAACAAUGAGCAACAGAGAACGGCGAGGGCGAUGGAGGCACUUGUAGGAACGAGACAGGAUGGAAAGCCGAUGUGGACUGCAGUCCAGGAGAAUGCGCCGGAAAUAGAAAAGCAACUUAGGGAGGAUCAACGGCAGGGCAGUUAGCUGGGGCAUCCAGAAUCAUCACUCAGCCCGCGGCAUGUUUAUGCACGGUUCAAU